AUGUGUCUCACUCUUGAGCAGUUCAUAGCACUGCUGCCGAGCCUCAGGGAAGGGCCGCUGAAGCACACAAUCCAGCAGCUGCAACAACACGCAGCAGCAGCAGCAGCAGCAGCAUCAGCAGCAGCAGCAGCAGCAGCAGCAAGUACAUCAGCAACCCAGAGCAAUGCAGCAGUAGCAGCAGGAACAACAACAGCAAGAACAACAGCACCAGCAGCAACAACAGCAACAACAGCAGCAACAACAGCAACAGCAGCAGCAACAACAGCAACAGCAACGGCAGCAGCGGCAACAGCAACAUCAAGAGCAGCAGCAGCAACAGCAGCAGCAACAGGAGAAACAGCAGCAGCAGCAGCAGCAGUGAGUUGCUUGCCUUAG